AUGGGCGGCGCGGCGAGCCGGCACGUGCGCGUGGUGGAGGACGCGGCGCUGUGGUACGCGUGCGCGGGGCCGCUGGUGACGGUGCCGGCCGUGGGGUCGCUGGUGGUGUAUUUCCCGCAGGGCCACGUGGAGCAACAGCAGCGCCUCGCGCAGCGCGACCCACCGCCGCCGACCGAAUCGGAGUCGCCGCCGCCCUCGCCGCCGUCGGGGCUGUCAUCGCCGAUCGCCAUCUCCACGUCAGAAUCGCAGUCGCAGUCGCGCAACAGCGGCGACGACUCGCCAUGCCCGUCGCAUGGCAACAGCGGGUUGAGCCAAUCGCCCAGCCAAUCAGACUCGAGCGGCUGCACUCUCCCCAGAGGCCGUGCGUCCGCUUCCCCCCCUUCCGCCGGCCAAUGCGCGCAAAGCAGCGGCAGUCUUGGCGCAACGGAGGGCGCGCAGGCGAAGAGACAGCAGCUGCCGCCGAGCCACAUCUUCUGCCGCCUGACGGCCGUCGCGCUUCAGGCGGACGAGCGCACGCACGAGCUCAUGGUGCGCUUCGAGCUGCAGCCCGUAGACGAGGCGGAAGCAGUGAAGGCGCAGGCAGCCGCCAGCCAGGAGGCGCGCAGGGCAGGCGCAGCGGGGAGGAGACGGGGGCGCGAGGGGGAGAAGGCGGACGCGCAAGAGGAGCAGAGCGAGGAGGGCAGCAUGGACACAGACGGCGGACACGCGCAGGCAGCACGGCCAGGAGGGCUGCAGGCGCAGGCGGUGCAGGCGGGGGUGCACACGCACAUGGGCGCGCAUGCGCGGCUGCACAUGUGCUGCAAGCGCCUCUCCACCAGCGACGCCGCGCCCCACGGUGGCUUCUUCAUCCCGCGCAAGGCUGCUGAGUCCCUCUUCCCCGCCCUCGACGCCAAUGAGGAGGGGCCAUGUCAGCAGCUGGUGGCGUCAGACGUGUUCGGCCGCGAGUGGAACUUCCGCCACGUGUACCGCGGGUCGCCGCGCCGCCAUCUGCUCACGGCGGGGUGGAGCGCCCUCUGCGCCUCCUGGGGGCUCGCAGCGUCCGACCGCAUCGUCUUCCUCAGGGCGGGCAACGGGGCACUCAAGGUGGGCGCGAGGCGCAGCGAGGCCGUGCUGGCAGCGCAGCACAGGCGGCAGAGGGAGCGGGAGAGAGGGCACGGGGCAACAGACUCUGCAAGCAGUGCGGGCGCAGCCAAGGAGGGGCCGAGCAACUCGGGUGCACACACCACAGGAGCAGCAGCAGGCAGCAGAGGUGGUGGUGGUGCUGCGGCGACGACGGUGACGGCGAGUGAGGUGUUGGAGUGGGCGGCGCACUGCCACGGCGUCAAGAGGGCCUUCUCCGUCGUCUACCACCCCUGGUAUCCCCCCCUCCCUCCUCCCUCCUCCCUCUUCCCUCCUCCCUCCUCCCACCUCCCACAUCCCCCCCUGCUCCCCUCCCCUUGCUCCCCGCCCUUUGUGCUGCCCCUCGGCGCCUUCUGUGCAGCGCUGCGGCUAAAGCAGCGCCUCACAGCAGCCAGCGAGGUGCGCAUGGCGUUUGAAACCGACGAGCUGUCCACGCACCGCCUGCGCGGCACCGUGACAGACGUGCACCGCCCGGCCAGCGGCGUGUGGCCGACGUCGCAGUGGCGCAGUGUGCGCGUGCGCUGGUUCGACUGCGACCCCUCCCUGCCCCGCCCCCCCCUCGUCUCCCCCUGGCACCUUGAUGACUCCCUCCCCUCCGCCCCCCGCGCCUCCCCCUGCUCCUCCUCGCUCUCCGCGCCCAUGUCCCUCUCCCUCUCCACCUCCUCCUCCCUCACCGCCUCCGCCCCUUUCCCUUCCUCCUCCUCUUUCCCCUCCUCCUCCUCCUCCCCCCUCCCCCCCACCUCCUUGUCUCCCCCCGCCCGCCCUCCUCCCCUCGUGACCCCCGACCCGCCCGCUCCAGCUUCAGGGAUUCCGCGUUACCACCUCUCUCCGCCUCUCCCCCGCUCCACACCUCCCCGUCCGCGCUCAUGCCGCCUCCCCCCUCCCCCACCACGCCCAGAAGCGCCUCGUCCGCCCCGCACCUCCCCUCCGCGCCCAACGCCCCAACGCCUCUGCGCCUGCCCCCCUCCGCGUCCCCCUGCCCGUCCCCCGCCGGGGGGAGGCGCAUCAGCCUGGCGGAGUGGCGCCAGUGGCGCGCGCUGCGCCCCUCGGCCUGCCAGGCUGUCUCUCGCCUCGCUGCUUCCACUCACUGCCUGCCACGUGGCAGCUGACUCAGCAGAGCAGCGGCCAGGGAAGAAGGCAAGGAGUGCCGUCCCUUGUGCCAGCUGGCAGAGUGGUGACGUGGAGGGGCGCGUGGAGGAGGGCGAGGAGGAGUGUGAGGAGCAAGAAAUGCGUGAUGCGGAGUGUGGGAAGGGAGGCGAGGAGGAGGAAAUGGUGGAGGCAGAGGAAAGAGAGGACGAAAAGGGAAGGGACGGGGAGGAGGGAGGUAAGGGAAAGGAGGGAGAGGGGGCAGAGCAAGGAGCAGAGGAGGGCAUGGCGGGUGGGCAGGGCCAUUCAUCGUUUGAAGUAGCGGCGGCAUCCCUGCUCGUGCUCAAGCAGGGGGGGCACCACACCGCUCCUGCAGCAGCAGCAGCAGCAGCAGCAGCAGCAGCGAUGGCUCCAGCAACCCCACCUGCUGCAACUCCAGCAGCAGUGCCUUCGGGUGCCUCAGGUGCCUCAGGUUGGUGCGACCCCCUCGCACUCUCCCUCACUCUCUCUGCCCCUCUUGCCCCACGCUCGCCACGUCAAUCUCAUUCACCAGAGCAGCCGCAGUUGGGGUUCGGUGGGACGGCAGGGCAACACGACAGGCAUAGCGUGGCACAACAGGUGGCAGAGCAGCCUAGAGCAAGGAGGGGAGCGGGCGAGUGGGGAGCAGCAGGGAGCGCAGUGCGGGAGCGGGAGGAGGUGCCUGCGACGCCAAGGCAGGGUGCAGAGGCCACGAGGGGAAUGGCGAUGGGCGGCUGUGAUGAAGACUUGGCGCCGCGCUGCACUGAGGGCCUUGCACCUCGCCCUGCUCCCUCUGCUCUUCCCCCUGCUGCUGCUGCUGCUGCUGCUGCCAGUCCGGCGUGUGAGGCAUUGCAGCCAAGCUGCCAUGCUGCCUCCACUGCUGCCGGGCAGUCUCGGCGCGUCAAAGUGGAGGGAAGCCCAGUGAUGCGCACGGUGGGUCUGAGUGGCAUCGGCAGCUUCCAAUCGCUGUACGCCACGUGUGCAGCCAUGCUGCAGCUGCCUCUGCAGCAGCCUGGGCAGCCGUCAGAGGGUGCCACGUGUCCCUGGCAGCUCACCUACACCGAUGCCGACGGCGACACGCUUCUCGUCGGGGACGGGCCCUGGAGGUCAGCAACCCCUCUUCACCGCCUUCCUCCCGCUCUCUCACUGCAUCUCAUCCCUCCCUUUCCCUCUCUUCCUCUCGUUCUCUCCCUCUCGUUCUUCCUCUCACUCCCUCUUCUUCCCUCUGGUGCUCCUUUACUUGCUGCAUCUCUGUCUUUUGCUCGUGUCCUGCCUCCUGUCUCAGCCCUGUGA